UCGAACGAUCGAAAGGCCCUGCUCCUCGGCUCAGUUGUAGCGCCGACUCCCCGGCAUAUACACGAGGUCGUCGCGUCGUAGUUUUUAAAGGCACACUCUGUACAAAACGUAGACACGCACGCUCUUAUCUUCCGUACCUCCGCCUCGCCUCGCCUCGCCUGCGCCUUCGCCUCGCCUUCGCCUCUUCGCCUACGCCUACGCCUUCGCAUCCGCCUUCGCGCCUCCGCCUCGCUACGUAGUGAGCAACAGAUAUUGAAAGGAAAAAAAAAGAACAAAAAAAAACCAGAAACGUGCACGUUUUGCCGUUUAGAAGCGAACCACCGACCUCCGUAGAAAGCGAAAUGCAGCGUCCGGUCGUCGGUCACUGGAGAAAAAUCCUACUGCUCGUGUAUUGUUUGCCAUUAUUUUCAUACGCGACACUGGCAGAUCACAUGAACGUGCAAUUGAUAGCGCCGCAGUACGUAACGCUGGGCAGUACGGCCACCAUGCUCUGCAACCACACUGUCGCGGACGACUUGCUGCACAAAAUAGAAUUUAUGAAGGGCGAGAAGAGGAUAUUUCAGUACAUUAAGGAGCGAAAUCCGCCGUAUAUAACACAGCACAUCGACGGCGCCCAACUGGAGUACUCGAAGAAUGGCACGACAAUCAAACUGCACAAUGUGCGUUUCGAAGCUACCGGUACUUAUACCUGUGAAGUCACUAUGACAACACCCAUUUACACUGCUGGCGCUGAUCCCGUACAGAUGAAAGUGAUAUUUCCACAGAGUAAAGAUCCUACGAUUAGGUUCGAGAAGAGUGUAUAUGUGGUAGGCGAGAGCUUGGAGGUGAAUUGUACGUCCUCGCCAGCACGUCCAGUUCCUUAUAUAACGUGGUUCAUAAACGGCAAAGAGGUGGAUAUUGCUCUAGUGACUCACUAUCCGCAUAUACAUCAUAAGAAUCAUCUGGUGUCCGCCACCGCCAAGCUGAAGGUGGAAGUUUCUGAGUUGCACGCCGGCCAAAAUGGACAUCUGGAAAUCAGCUGUCGCGCAACGAUACCCGCUUUCCCCAUGAAUCACGAGCAAUUUGCCGAUAUUAAGAAAAAGGUGGUGACGGUGCAAAUCAUACCAGCGCCGGAUGUGACGUCUUCCGCGGCGAUUCUCAUACGAGAACUAACGCUACCUACGAUACUGUGCAUACUGAGCGCGGUGCACAAGUUCAUUCCUUAAUAAAAGUCAAUUGCUCUAGGAUAAUUCGGCUGUAACAUAUCUAAUCGUAAGGAUAUUAAGGCGAUGAACGUAUAAGAUCGAACAAUCACAAUGUCUUCCUUCGAUAUAUCGAAAUACACGGGGGCAGCGGUUUUAUUGUCUUUGCAGAAGUUUUGUAAAACUCAUAGACGCGGCUUCUUCGUGCGCAAACUAUUUUCGAUUGUUGCUUAUAAACGAGCGUCGUCUGUCUCGCGAAACAUAUCAAUCCCAUUGUAAUGAGAAAAAUAAUGUCCGAAUUAUGUUCGGCAUGGUGUGUCGGAAAGCUAUAUGUCUCUUCCUUCGAUACUAUUCGAAUCUAUUUAUCGUAGAAUUUAUAUUAAAUUUUAAAAGUUAUUUUUGGAAAUUAAAGCAGAAAAUGAAAAAAAAGCAACGGGAAAAAUAAUUUUGUUCUAUAUGGCAAGUUCUAUAUAUCUUCGAUAUGUAAUGCACAAUGUAUAUACUAUUGUUGAAUUAGUUAACAUAUCUUAAAAAAAAGAACAGAGUUUAUCACAGUUUAAAGAUUUUAUUGUUAAAUAUAUAAAAAUCCGAUCUAUAUUAAUGUUAUCGAGGUAUCAUAUGAUCUAUACAUUAGCAACUGUAAUUUAUAUUUUAAUUUAAAGAACGAUAUGGUUUUCCGAUACGCGUUAAUAUAUAACAUAUUUCAUCUAGUCUCGCCUCGCCGCUGGGGAAAUACAAUGUUUUUUAAGCUGGCAAAUACGUUCUUGUUACUGCGCGUACAUUUUUAUAAAAAAAUUAUGCAAAAAAAAAUCACGACCACAAAAAAACGCUUUAAUAUCAAUCAAAUCGAGUUUAAUAGAUUUUUCCCUUACGGAACGAUAUUCUAUUCUCCAAUAGCAGUUUUCCAUUUCUCAUCGAUGGACUUUUUCUCUUUUUAUAAGAGAAAAAACUCAAAAAUGAUUUCCACAUUGUUCGACUCAUUAGGAUCGUAAUACAAAUAAAAGUAAUUUUGAUUUAAUUUGCAAUAGGUGCAAAAUGAUCUUUUUUUUAUAUAUAUAUAUUUUACGCCCCGUUUCAUGAUGUUUCGUGAUAACACACAGCGAUGAGAUCAAUUUUCCGACAAUAAUCUAGAGAAGCGACAACUUUUCCGCGUAUAAUAGGACAUAUAGAUAUUAGAACAAACGUUCACCGUAACUACAUUUCACCGUAAUUCGAAGCUUAGUGCUUCGUAGAAAACAUACAAUAUAUUAUACACAAGAAAUUCGAAGCAAGAAUGGCGUAAGUUAAAUACGAUGACGUGUGAGAUAUUCAGAUUUCUUCAGUGCACCUAUCGAAAUAUCUCCGCGAACUGUCUUCUGCUUACCAUUAUAAUUAAAUUAUCGUUUAAUUAAAUUAUGUAUAACGAUAUAACGAAAAGUAUUGCGAGUACCACAAGAGCGAUCACUUAAGCCAUUUUUGUUUUCGAUUCUUGGUCUAUAUUUCACGUGCUUAUAACGAACUGGAGGAUAUCGAUGAAACGGGAUGUACGACUCACACACACACAAUCAGUAUUAUAUUGAAACUUCCUUCCGAGUAUUUUGAAGUGGCAAGCUUAAAAAACACCGCGACAGCGGCUGGGCAUUUAAGUAGACUAUUUAGAGAACUGCGAGAAACUAGAGAUAACUAGAGACACUCGAGUCAGAGUCUGAUCAAUAAUACAAUAUAUACCUGAUUACUAUUACAUAUAAUAAAACUAAAGUAAAGCGCGAUUUCUUUGCUCUGAAUUUACCGAAGUACAAUCUGAUCUUGUUAUAUCACUUAUCUCCUCGUAAUUCGAGGGAUAAUGCAUUGUAUUGAUCUUAUUGAGAUCGAUCGAUUGACGAGACUGAUGAGAACUGAUCCGAUCAAGCUCUGACUCAACCAUCUGUAGAAGUAGCGAUUACGGGCUGCUUGCGGCCAACUUUUUGGAACACUAUUGGGCGCGUUAUCCGUCGAUACGACGUCACUUUGACGGGACUUAAAAGACUUGAUGCGAUAUCAUCACCGCUAUACGGCUCCCUAUACGACCAAACGCCCGGGAUUACCUCUUGUCUCUGUGUAUUGGCACACCUCCUCGCUUAAAAAAAUAUCAUAAUCCUCUUUUUCGCUGUCGCGCCGGUAGCUCAUGCUGAAUACCAGCAACCAGGAUGCACUUUAAAACAGCCAUAUUGGCUGUAGCGCGAGAGUAUGUUAGGUAUGUUAGUGUGACUACCUAAAGCUGGCGGCGCACACUUUGGAACACUAAAAGGAUUAUGUCGAUGAACGUUUACGCUAGAGUGAACGCGAACGAUGCUUUCCGGGGGCUUUAGAGUACUAAUCUAAUCUUGAUUCUUAGGAUAAUCAGAGGGAACGUAUCAUCGUCUCCAGUUAGACGACUAAUCUAACUAAAAAAGUUUUGAUAGCUUCACACAGAUCGAAUCUUACGUAUACGUAAGCCUGUAGCUAACGUCUAGGAGGUACUCACUCGCGCGAUCGAAUUCGGUUACAAUUAAAGUAUAAAGAUUAAAAACGGCAGAUUACUAAAAUGGUAAAAUUAAUUGUCAUAGUUAGAGGAAAGUGUUGGAAACGUUAGGGAACAAACAUCGACUACGUAGGUCGUAGUGCUUUAUAUAGAAGUAAAGAAUAUAUUUAUGAUUAAUGAAUUUUUAUGCGUAUUUCAGAUUGCGCGACUAUUUGCUAAAAUCGAGAAGACUAAUUCAAUCGCGUACGUGCAAAUCUCUUACAUGCUUUCAAACUUGCAAUAAAUAUACUACUUUUUAAUUUUUAUUGUAUUUAUACAACGUAAGAGCGCCAGGCUAAUCGGUCGUCUUAAGCGAAGUUUGAAAGCUUAGUAAAUGAUAUUUUAAUUGAAAAGUGCCUUUUCAUAUUGUCCGCAAUUAGGAAAUAUCUCAGGCAGAUUUUAGUCUGCUAGGCAACGUGCUUUUGCCCGGAAAGCAAAAUCGCAACCACUAAGAACUAAUAUAGAGAAAAAGUCGUCUUUUUUAAACAAUCUCACACACUCUCUCUCUUUCUAAUAAACCUAUUCUUACAAUUAGUCGUUUCAGCGUUCAUUCUAGCCCGUCAAAAGCUCUAAUUGCAAAUUUUAUUACGAGUCUGCUGUUUCUAGCUUUGCACCUUCCGCAUAUAGAAUUGAUUUCGAAGUUUGCGGUGGG